AUGUCCAUCUUUGCCCCUGCCCCGAAGCCGCCGACCCUCCUGGGCUACCACCGCGUCCUCUCUCCCUCGGCCGGUGUCAAGGUGUCCCCGCUAUGCCUUGGAGCUAUGAACUUUGGCGAUGCCUGGAAGGAGUUCAUGGGCGAAUGCAACAAGGAGCAGAGCUUUGCCCUCCUUGACGCCUUCUACGAGGCCGGAGGUAACUUCAUCGACACUGCAAACAACUACCAGCAGGAAGAAAGCGAGAAAUGGAUCGGCGAGUGGAUGCAGAAGCGCGGGAACCGCGACCAGAUGGUUAUCGCAACAAAAUACACAACCGGCUACCGCACCUCCCACCGCGCCACCGAACCCCUCCAAUCCAACUUCGUCGGCAACAGCUUCAAAUCCAUGACCAUCUCCGUCAACAACUCCCUACGCAAACUCCAAACAGACUACAUCGACGUCCUCUACCUACACUGGUGGGACUUCACCACCUCCGUUGAAGAAGUAAUGCACGGGCUCAACAGCCUCGUGACCUCCGGAAAAGUCCUCUACCUAGGGGUCUCCGAUACCCCCGCGUGGGUGGUAGUAAAAGCAAACGACUACGCGCGCGCGCACGGCCUCAAGCCCUUCUCCGUGUACCAGGGGAAGUGGAACGCGGCGUACCGCGACAUGGAACGGGAAAUCGUCCCCAUGUGUCGCGAUCAGGGGAUGGGCAUUGCGCCGUGGGCGCCGCUGGGCGGCGGCAAGUUCAAGGGCCGCGAGGCCCGCGAGGCGAAGAGCAAGGAGGCUGGUGCGAGCGGGCGCGGCGCGGAGAUGAGCCAGAGCGAUGUGCGGAUCUCGGAGGCGCUGGAGAAGGUUGCGGAGCGGAAGGGGUCGAAUCUGCAUGCUAUCGCCCUUGCGUACGUGAUGCACAAGACGCCCAAUGUGUUCCCGAUCAUCGGGCAGCGCAAGGUCGAGCACCUGAAGGCGAACAUUGAGGCGCUGGGCAUCGUGCUCGAUGACAAGGACAUGGAUGAAAUUGAUGGCGCGACCGAGUUCGACGUUGGGUUCCCGAUGAACUUCAUCUUUAGGGAGUUUACGGGCCGCAAUACGGCGGCGGAUGUGUGGCUUACGCAGGCUUCGGCGCUGAUUGAUGCGCCGCCGCAGCCUGGGCCGGUGAGGCAUCGCGAGGGGGAGAAUUAG